GCACAAAAUGGUGAUGUGUUUUGAAGUCGCGAUUGUAUUUUUGUUUUGAUUGCGAUAUUUUGACUUAUUUUGAAAAAUUGUAACUGUUUCUCGUCAGGAAUGGUAUGAUUUCAGAUUUUACGUAGAAACAUGCAUAUAUCAUUGGACCAUCAUUGCAACAUUAAUGGACUAACCAAGGUCGGAUAUUUGCUGAGAUCUAAGCGACCACACCCAACCAUACCUAUCGGUACUCCGUGUUCGCUACAUCCAGUACUAACAUGUGUUCAAAAUCUCGGAAUUUACUCCUGUUCUACUUGUUCAUUGUGAAACAUUCUACUAAAGUACAGAGAUAGUGCCAAUCGGGGGAUAACAUCGCACAAACUAUACGUAACAUUUUAAAAUUACGAGUGCCUUCAGACUAAACUCAACGUUUUUGGUCUAAGAUGGCAGCGGCGGUGGCGUCGACUUCAUCGCAUUCCCUGUCAGACGAACGUUACAAAGUCAAAGUACAUGUGACAAACCCUGUGUAUGUAACUGAGAUAAGUCAAUCAGAUUCACGAUGCUCAGCUGAAGAUGCUUUAAAACACAUGAAGACGUAUGACCUAUGUGACAUUACUGUUAUUAAUCCUGUGUUUCAUUGUGAACUGCCUUUUUCUGACCCGGAGAUCAAUCGGUUUUGUUCUGUAGACCAUGUUGUUCAAAAUCACUUUUACGGUCUUGGUAUACCAAACUAUGAGAGAAUAACACCACCAUCAGAAACUAGUUUUAGUAAAAGUUGGGUUGAUGAAUUCCCUCUACAUAGUGCAGCCCUGGAAGGAGAUAUACCACGAAUAAAACAACUACUAUCUGAUGGUUAUAAUCCUCACCAACAAGACAAAGAAUCAUGGACACCAAUACAUUACAGUUGUUGGUAUGGUAAAAGUGAAACAGUUAAAGUAAUAUUACAACAAGGAAGAUGCUCACCAACUGUAGAAAAUGAGAACGGUUCAACACCACUUCACUUUGCAGCAAUGAGAGGAUAUCCCAAGGUAGUUCAACUGUUACUGGCACACCAAGAGAUAGAUAAGGGAGCUCUAGACAAGGAUGGUAAAACUCCCUUACAUCUGUGUGAAGAAUGCCGACAAAAUGAAUGGGAAGCUGUCUCCAAACUACUGAGGGAUGCUAUGAGGAGGCCGGCUCCCAAGAUAGAUGUUCAUUUACUGGAUCUGGAUAGUUCUCAUGUCGUCCUGGAUUUAGUCUCUGGGAAUAAUACAACAGUCCAUCAAUUACUCAGGCAACUUGAUUUACCCAAUGGUUGUGAACAUCUCUUUGCAAUAUGGAUCGCUUCAAAGAAUUUACAUUUACAAAUGAGAGCGGAACAUAAGCCUUUACUUCACAUGAAAUCAUGGGACAUUAUUGUUAAACAAUUAACUAACUACAAACCUGAGGCUGAGAAGCCACGAUUGUAUUUACGACGAGAUGCUAGGUUAGCCUUAUCGGUUGAAAAUAAGGUUAAGGAUCCUCAGGCUAUAAAAUUGCUAUUUGAUGAGUGCCUAGUAAAUGUGUUAAAGUCAAUGUACCCAGCUACAGAUGAAGAUGCAAUAUCUUUAGCAGCAAUAUUGAUGCAG